AUGAAGAAGCGUCCCCGCAGCAAGUCUAGCACACACGGUUCUACCCCCCGCAAGCGCCCCAAGCGCCGCUCAGAGAACCACGGCUCGCCAGAAGAGCCGGAAAGCCUCACGCCCACACCCGACGAGCCGACCAAGGCAGACGACUUCUGGCCGGUCGAGAAAAUCUGCCGUCACCGUCUCAUAGAGGACGAGGUUCAGUAUCUGGUCCAGUGGGCCCCGCAUCCCGUCACCGGGGAGACCUAUAGACGGAACUGGAGGGACCCAGACGACGUUACAGACGACUUGAUCCAGUCCUACUGGGCGGAAAAGAAGGCAGAGGAUCGGGAAAAGAAAGCGAAGAGAAAGAGCACACAGAGUCAAAAGAAAGCAGAGAGGAAGAGCACACAGAGUCAAAAGAAAGCAGAGAGGAAGAGGAAAUCGGAUAGCAACACGCCCUCCAGACGUUCGGAGCAAGAAAAAGAUCGUCAAGCCAGUGAACAGCCCAAGAAUCCGCCACCAGGACAGGCAGGAACCGACCCGCGGGACUAUAGCCAAGCCGACGUCGAUCUCACCUUAUUCACGGAGUCUGGGUUUUGUGACGAGCCUGAUAACUGCUCAGAGCACUCGACUCCGCCGGCACCACCCCGGAAAGAAGAGUCCACGUCCCAGCCAACGUCCAAUUCAGAGCCCGAGUCUGCACUAAAGCCUGAGGCAGAGUCAAAGCCCGAUUCAAAGUCGGUGUCGGAGUUCAACCCCGACUCUACUCCAGAGUCAGUGGUAGACUUGUGGUCUGGAAUUGAGCCAGGUCCUGCUCGAGAAUCAGAGCCGGAAGGUGAACGAGGGAGAAGAUCAAGGUCAGGUUCCGAGUCAGGAGCUGAGGCAGAACAAGAAUCAGCCAGAAGCCCCAGCAGACUAGACGGCGCCGAACCAAGCGAGGCUAACGCACCCAUAUCGCAAGAGCCCUCUGGCAGUGCUGCAGCCUCAACACCGAGCUCGAUUCCGCCCAUAUUACCUGGUUCAGCACAAGAACGUGGGGGAGAACCUGAUCCGGAGCAGGAUCGAGGACUUGCUGUUGGGCAGACGGAGGCGGCUCACACACUAGGCAGUGCUCCAACCUCACCGCGCAGGACUCCCCGUCCGGGGGCUGCGGAUCUAGCUGCCGCCGCCAGACCUGCAGAGCCAUCGUCGGUCCCACGUCCGGUCCCUUCGGAAGUUGAGCCGCACGACCGACUGUCGGAACAAGCCACUCGACCAGUAAAGGGAUUGCAGAAAAUUCUCAACCUGACGAGCCGUCCAGCCUGGUUGACCACAACAUAUCUUGCUAAAAUUUCCCCAUCGGCCUUGAGCCCCAAAUCCGACGCGAUGGAUCCCCCCACUCACCCGACCUUGAACUCAUCAGGAAUUGUUCCUCGCGGAGCUCACGGCGACUCGUUGGUGGACGAUGGUGCUCUAGGAGGAAGUGCGCUCCCAAUUCAAGACUCCAUCGAGAGCGAAGAACCCACACUCCAUGGGGAGCAGUUCUCGUCGGACUCCAAAGCAAGCUCGAGUCAGCAAUCUGUCCAAAACGAACGGGACGUACCUCGAAUGGCUGAACUGGUCCCACAAAGCCUUCCGAUUCUUGGGCCUGCAGAAUACGCGGUCGCCCUCCCCUGCGACGGCAAGAUCCAGUCAAUUUACUCAGAUAUCAUCACGUCCAAGGAAAAGGCCAUCAAGAAGUUUCUCAGCAGGCACGAGCCCGUCAGUUCUGCCACCGAGUCUCCUGCUCGAACGCAAGAGAGCAUCGAAAUGAACGAACUGAUCCAGCGUCUGCACGACACGGUUACGCACAUGGAUCUGGGGCUGCCUGGAAUCGCCACUCCAUCUCCGCACGAAUCGCAGGAAGACGCCACUUAUGCAAACUAUGCCAGCAUGAAAUUCUCUUUUCUAGGGCACCUCGUGGAUGUGUUUAAAAGCCUUGGCUGCUCCAUUGUCAUCAUGGCUCGAGAAGGACCAAUCCAGGAUUUGCUGGAGAAUUACUUAAAGAUGAAGCAAAUCACGGUGAAGCGACAGGACCGUAUGGUCCGUGCGAAGCCAGAUCGGAUCAGUACAGAUUUCCAGGUUGACCUGGUGAGCACCUGGUCGACGCAUCAAGUUGCCAUGCACCCCCGGCCUAUCAUGAUGAUCGCAUUUGAUUCUUCUUUCGACUCGCAAGAUCCUCAGGCUGCACGAAUCCGCGCGCACUUUUCUUACAAAUACCCCGCGCUUAUGCCAGUCGUCCACCUGGUGGUUGCAAACUCAUCCGAACACGUCGACCGCUGUCUGCCAAAGAGCAUGCCGGCCCCCAUGAGGCUCAAAGCGCUGGUCCGGGCGACCUAUCAAGCUUGGCCGAAUCUGGGGCGGCAGGUGACCUUCAUACAACGUCCGUCAGAUGAACCCGAGGGAGGCCGGGCCAUGGAUUUCGCCGACACGCAGAUGGGUACCAAAAAGACCCAGGAACGGUUGCUUGAUCACUUUGCCAGCACCGUCAUGCAGGCCGCCAUAUCGCCCGACUUUGAAGCAUUUUGGGAGCAGGAGAGCCUGUUUCUCAUGCCCCAUUUGCAAUUGACAGAGUUGACAGAGACGCCCGCGAAACCUAGUGGCGUGAACACCAGGGCUGAGACACCACGGGAGCCUGUGACUCGAUCUCGGACCCCCUUAUCACGCUCCGACACUCCGUCGGGCAGAAAGCGCUUGCUGGAAGCGGAUAGUUUCCUCCCCGCACUGCAAAAGCGACAACGUCUUACGCCCCUUCGAGAUCGAGAUGCGACCGAAGCGAGCAGCAGCAGCCGAAGCGAGACGGCCAACCAGGUUGCGCAAAUCCAGGACCGCGUCAAGAAGCUGGAGGCGGAGCUCGAGAAGGAAAGGCUGGCGCGACAACAGGCGGAACGAGCUCGGGACGAGGCAUAUGAACAGGUAGCGGUGUGGAAACAAGCUCAUGCCGAAGUGCAACGCCGGUACGAGAAACGAAUGGUGAAGGGCCACAAGCUGGAACGUGACUACUCGAAAGUCCUCAAAACCCGUGAAAGGGACAAGGCGAGAAACGAAAGAAUCGUCGAGGACGAUCUCGCCUUGAAGCAGAAGAACGCAGAGCUGCAGAAAGAACUUGCUGCGGUCCGCGCGGAGAUCAAGGCCGGGGGUGGCGAUGCGGCGGCGCUGGAGACGGCGAGGGAAGAAGCUCGCACGCUGUAUGCGAAGAGUACCGCCUUGGAAAAAAACCUCGAGAACACGCGCAAAGAUUUUGAUUUCACCCGCACCCAGUAUCAGGAGGCAUCGAACAAGGCCGCAGAGUUUGCCACCCAGAUCAAGGACUUGGAAGAACAGGUCGCAAGCCUGAGCCAGCAAGCCGGCACCGAGAAGCUACGCUUGAAGGAGACCAGCUACGAGGACAGCAUCACACACCAUCUCGCCAAGAUCGCCGAAUUGGAACAGGAGUGCAAGACUCGGGACAUGCUUGUUCGGAAAUUGGAAGAGGAGAACCGCAACCUGAAGCGAAACCGUGGCAUUCAGACUCGCGGGUCUAGUGUGCAACCCCCCGGCAGCCCAGGACUGGACGGACACAGCGGCCGCGGCACACGAAGUCGCCAGGGAAGUCCGGCGCAGGGUAUGUUUGCGAAUUCGUACCAUACCGGUGCCACGAGCAGAGGCAGCUUAUUGAGACACGAACGGUAG